CCUUGUGACGUAGGAGAGUCCACGGUGGCCACCUCACGAGGCGACUCGUUGGAUGCUGCCGCUAUAUAUGGCCACGGGUGUCCAUCAGCCGGCACACUCUCAGUCGCUCCGACUCGGGAACCAGGUCCUCAGCGGAGAUAAGGCAAUACUUCGCCCCACCAGGCUAACUCGCUUUGGGCUUUGGUUCAGGAUGGAAACCUUCUCGAUUCCUCGGAGCCGACGACGCUCCGUCGUGCGCAACUGCAAAAGCGGCCUCUCGCUUUGGUUGGUGGUGUGGAUGGUCCUCGGCAAGCCAAGUCCGGCGUUGGGGUGCCCGCACCUGUGCGUGUGCUACCCGAAUCCCAUGACCGUGAGCUGCCAGGCGCAGAACUUCACCGCCGUCCCGGCCGGUGUGCCGUAUGAGUCGCAGCGCGUUUUCCUCCAGAAUAACAGGAUCACGGAGCUUAGAGUUGGCUCUUUUGGCUUUGGGACCCAGGUCCUGUGGCUGUUUUCCAACAACAUUACAUGGAUCGAAGCAGGGGCUUUCAGUGAGCUGAGGGACUUGGAGGAGUUGGACCUGGGGGACAACGCUAACCUUCACCGGCUGGAAGGAGGAGCCUUCCGCGGCCUGGAGAAGCUCCAGAGCCUCCAUAUGCACCGUUGCAAACUCACCGCCCUGCCUCACGACAUCUUCCGCAAGCUUUACAGCCUCCACUAUCUCUACUUACAGGAAAACAAUCUCCACUUCCUGCAGGAUGACAUCUUUUCUGACCUCAUCAACCUGAGUCAGCUUUUCCUGCACGGAAACCGUAUACGCACCAUCUCAGAAAAUGUAUUCCACGGCUUGGUAAACCUUGACCGCUUGCUCCUUCAUGACAACCGUGUGAGGCAGGUCAACCGCCGGGCCUUUCGCGACCUUGGUCGCCUGACCAUGUUAUUCCUCUUCAACAAUUCCCUGCCCGAGCUGCCCAGUCAGACCUUGAGGGACACUCAGGGCAUAGAAUUCCUCCGCCUCAAUGCCAACCCGUGGUCCUGUGGCUGCGAAGCCCGCGCCCUGUGGGAGUGGUUCCGGGAGGCCCGUGUGUCUUCAUCUGAGGUGAUUUGCGCAUCUCCUUCCACGCGCCGUGGUCAAGACCUUCGCUUUCUUCGAGAAAUGGACUUCGCCCUCUGCCCACUGCCUGACCCAGGCUCCAUCGCCGGGUCCACCACCACCACCUUCAGUACGAAAACCAGAUGGUGGUUCCACAAAAACAAGCCCCAGUCAUCAACUAAAGGUCUCUUUGAGAAGUCUUCAGAGACCGUCAAAGCCGGCUUGUACGGGAAAGGCCCGUCCACCAGCACGUCAGUGGUCAAGUAUGAGUUGGGGGAGGAAGAACUGGCACUGCCUAAACUUGACCAGGAAGAGUACUGGGCAAACUAUGGCAACGAGGACUCAGGUGUCUCCCUGCGAUGCUUUGAGCUCGAAUGUCCACCUGAGUUUGACCUGCCUCCAUCUUCCUCCUCUCCCUCACCGUCCUGUCCCUCUUCCCUUUCACUACUAACCGUCUCAGUGUUCACAUUCAACCUCCACUUGCUAUUUGGCUGAAUCUAUCUUGAAGUGCCCUGCUCCUUACCUUCCAGCCUGUUUUAAAGGCUGCAAGUUCCAUAUUAAGACUCUCUAUACCGCCCUUGGCAGCUCUGUUGUAUGCCAAUCCUCAAGGCACAGCGAGCUUGAUAGGAAGAUUCUGAUUCUACCACCCUACAGGGCUUAACACUUUUCAGGGCUGCUAGAAGAUCUUUAGCUACAACACACUACAGGCAUGGUAUUGUGCUUGAAGCCUGAAUGAUGUCAUGAUUUUCCUGAAAUCAGGGCUGCGAGGGCUAAGUCCAUCAUUAACAUCAGCAAGAUUUGAAAGCAGUUGUCAAUGAUGUCAUUAUUUUUGUCAACUCAACUGAGUCAAAACUACUAGUGCUAUUAUUGCACCCAGGUAACUGGUUUAUACUAAUUACUGUUAGAAAACAGUGCGUAGUAACAAGAGUAUUGUAACCACUUACAGUGCCAUGUAAAUACCUGUGUUUGUUUGUUGUGCGUGCUCAAAUUGAUGUCGUCUAGCUCAUCUUGAUCCAGGCAAACUGUGAAGGCAACAAGGCAUUGAGGAGACAGAGAUCAUAUUCUUUGAAGCUGCUCAGGGAGUGACAUGAAAAGUGAAGAAAUUAAUGGUCUGACAUGAAAACGACAGAGUAAAGAGCAUUGUAAAGUGACAGAUUUAGAAUGAAGAAGGCGAGAGUGAGUGAGUGAUUGAGUGAGUGAGUGAGUGAGUGAGUGAGUGAGUGACUGACUGAGUGAGUGAGAGAGAGAGAGGGUUGACAGGGCCCUCACAAGAAUAGGUAUAGUAAAACAUCCACUCAUCAUCAGUUAUACUUAUUUGUAUCUCAAUAUUUUUGCAUUUUAUUCCCAUUUUCAUAUUUUCUGUAAAUAGGGUGUCAUUUACGACAAACACUGGAAACGAAUUCUUCCUUUCAGGAAGCCUGGGAUUGGUUGUUGGAUGUCUUUCUGUGACAUAUUGAUAUUAUGUAAAAAGACUGUUGACUGGAUGCAGAUGAACAUCUUUAUAAAGAGAUACAUUCAAUAUUUCCUGGAUCACACUUGUGCUUUUUUUCCCCCCAAAAGAUGUUAAAACUUUAAUUGAGCAUAAUUGUUUUGUUACAAAAAAAGAUUGAAACAAAACAACUAAAAACUAGUAUCCAGCAAAAAAAUAGCAGAUUGUUGUGUGACUAAAUCUUGAGUACAUCUGAGUCAAGUGUCCCAAAAGGACACACCAAUCAUUCAUACAGUAUUAGUCUGAUCUGGAAUGGAUCUGACUGUGAACGGCAUCUGCUAUAGUGUGGAUAAAUAAGGUUGAGUAGAUUCACAAGCUGGCAGCACUGCGAAAGGCAAUUACGUCAGUAAGUUUAUCACUCCACUGAGUCAUCGACCAAAGAGGCCAGAUGGACCGAUGAGGUGCAAAUUGGCUGAUUGGAAAAUAAACUAAGAGCGCAAUGAGAGUCAAAUGGGUGACAAAGUGCAGAGAACAGGAGGGAAAUAAGACAACAAAGUGCCAUGCACAUGCAGACAUACGGAUGGAAUAUGAGCUUGAGUGGAAAUGGAAAAGGCAGAGGGGGAGGAAGAAAUCUUUCAAUCUCCUUCGGUCUUAUUAAGGCCACUUAAAAUUGGCCCAUUUUUCACCUUUCACACAAAGCAUGGUGGACAUGCUUUCAUCCUGCGCCCCCAUAUAUGCUACAGCUCCCUCCCGUUCUCAGAUGUUCAGAUGGAAGCGAAGCAAAGGUGUCAAGGUUGACAUUCCGUAGGAGUUGAAGAGUAGGUGUGCACACAGAAUCGCACUGAGCAAGUUGUCACUGCACAGGAAAAACAGGAAAGCUUUUGUGAUGCCACUUGUAGAUUAUAUUCAGUGUUAUACGAGAAGGCAAGCAACAUCAGUUCUCAGAGAUUGGAGCAAUAUCAUUCACUGAACGAACAUCCAUUCUUACACUGCCACCCCUUGUUUUCGUGUUCAGUUUGUCAAUGUGCAUAUUCAGUAUAGAAGAAGGAAAUACAAAUCUAGCUGUUUUUAUAUGU